AUGUCCCCCUGGCCGACUGCGUGGAGGAGGAGUGCUCGGCGGAGGAGGUGGAACAGGAGGCCGGUCUAUUCGCGUUGUACAUGGCGUCCAGGUGAGGCAUCAAGCAAGGUAGAAGCCGCUCCUGACAUCGACUGCGAGGAAGAAGAUGAGUGCACCACGGAGGAGCAGGUCUCGUACUACGACAGCUACAUGGCGUCAAGGAAGCACGUGAAGGAUGCUACCGCCGAUGUGACACCGCAGGAGGCGGAGAACGUGAGCCUCUUCGACAGCUACAUGUCCUCAAGCCCAGCCCCACCCCGAUGA